AUGUUGGGAAUGCAGUAUCACUCUUAUUAAUACUAUUCCUAUAUAGAUAUUGAAAAGUUAAAGAUAAUUCUUGAAGUGGAUUAAAUAGGUGACGUUACCCUUUAUGAAGAUGAGAAAACGAUUAAAUACAAGAUAGACAGAUCUAAACAUAUUCGAUUAAGUGACUUAAUAGAAUUAAUAGUAAAUAUAUAUAAUUUUAAUAUAAUAGGAAAUUGGCUUUAUCAGAUUUCAUUUAGGAUAGCUACUUUUGUUAUUCUAAAAUUUAUUAAUCAAAGUGAAGUUGAUGGAAGAUCACAAAUUGGAACACAACUAUUUAAGAGCAGAUAGAAUUUGGCUGAAUUUAAAAGAGUAAACCUAAUUAUCCAUUACAUAUUAAAAAAUUUAGUAUUCAAUAUCUUUUACAGGAUAUUAAUGUUAAUUUUAUGACAAUCUAGAAUAAAAGGAAGUAGCAGACUCAUAAAGGAUUCUAUAAAUUAUUUCACUCAUAAUUAAAAGAUUAAAAACAAAUAAUAUAUUUUUAAAUAAACAUGGCAAAUCAAAUAAUUAAAUCAUAGAUAAAAUUUAUGAACCUAUUUUAUAAUCAUGCUAAAAAGGAUAAAUAGGUGAUACUAUUAAUUAAUUAAAAAUAUUGUUAACAACAUAUUCAUAUAAUUCUAAUGAUUAAAAAGUGUCAUUCGAUGAUAAUUUAAUAGAUGAAUACAAGUAUUCAAAGAGAAAACAUCAAAAAAAUAAAAUUGAAAUGUAAUUAUAAUAAUUAAUUGCAAAACUCGAUUAAAUUCCUUUAGUUACUGAAUUAUUUAUUUUCUAGAAGAUUAAAGAAAUUAGAGUUAACUUAAAGAAUUGGUAGAGUCUAUAAUUUAAUGAUAAUGAUGAGAAAUUAACAUAUCAUAAAAUGUUAUAAACUUAUAACAAUAAUAAAAAUUAAUUCUUAUAAACUGCUAUUGUAAUUAUAACAGAAAUGCUUGAUAAUAUUGUAAAAAAUAAAAUUGACAUAAUCUUUAAGGAAAGUAUGUAAUAGUCUGAAAAAGGAUAAAUAAUUAACACUAUAAUUGAAUUUAAAUUAUUAAAUUACUUUGAGAAUACUAAUGAUAUUUUUUUAACAAUAGAGCCACAAUUUUAUAUGAAAUUAAUAAUUGAUUUAGCAUAUAAAUACAUAGAAGAUUAUAUUGACGAUUAUAUCAAUUCCUAAAUCCUAAUAUUGGUUUAUGAUUUAAUUUGA